AUGCUUAGCGUGGCAAAACAUGAUUUAUGGACAAAUGAAAAGCUUCUCAGUAAGUUGGAAGAAAGCGAAUUGGAACCAUCGACAACACAAGAGGAUGAAUGUGUUAUUUGUAUAACAAGUCGAGCAACAAUGAAGACAAUGCCAUGUGGACAUCAAGUUGUUUGUCGACGAUGUUUUGUGAAAACGAUACAAAGUGCUGUUGCUCAAAGGCUGUUACCAUUACGCUGUGUAAUAUGCAGAGCACGUAUAAAUCGUCUUACGUCAAGCUCGGGUACUUGGAGACUUCAAGAAUCUGCAAGUAGCUACAGCGUUGGCAGUAAAAGUUGGAGUGUCCCAGGAUCGGCAAGUUCCUAUAGCGUGGGUGCUCAUUCUUACACCAUGGGAGAGAAAGUUGUUCAAUCUGCGAGCCUUUAUUCAAUGAGUUCAGGUUCAUCAUGUGCAUCGGAAUAUUCAAGUGGAUCAGCGAAUUCAAAAGCAUCAAAUGUGUCUUCCUUAUCAUCAAAUGCUUUCGAUAGUCGACAUAAUCAUAAUCACAAUUGUAGUACCAAUGGCUGUUUAGGCGCUAUUCCUAGAAAUCCUUCUUACAAUUCUCUGCACAUUCGAGGACGUCAUAGUCACUCUUUUAGAAAUAGAAUACCAGAUUUGCCAAAUCGUUUGCCACCUAUAAAAGAAUAUACUGUAAGAAGUCCAUCGAGACAUCGAACGCCUUCUCCAGUCAAUUCAGGAGUUCGUUUCAAAUCUUAUACAUCAUCAAAAGCAUUCAACGCUUCUGAAACAAUUCCACUGUUAGAUGAGCCAUCGAAUACUGCAUCAUUAACAAAUGCAACAAAAAAACUCAGCAUGAACAAUUCGAAGGUAGCACCAAUCAUAUCAAAAGCAACAUUAAUUAACAAAUCAAGUACUCAACAAUCCAGCGUUAAGCCAUCGGCAUUGGGAUUCAAACCUUAUACGAUAUCAUCAGCACCUAAUACUUCAAAGUCAGCUUCAUCAGCAUCUAAGCCAAAUGUUUCAGUCUCGUCAAAAGACAAUAAGAAGAGUGAAGCUAAAAAGAAUGAAGAGAAACUUAAGCAGAAAGCUGAAAGAGAAGCCAAAAAGGAAGAGAAGCGUUUGGCAAAAGAAGAAGAGAAACUUGCAAAGUUGCGUGCUAAGGAAGAGAAAAAACGUGGAAAGAUUGAAGCGAAAGCACUUCUGACAUGAAUGAACUAGCUUCCUAAUGAAGUGUGAAUCUUCCUUUUCUAUGAACAUAAAGUGAUAUCUACUAAUUCAUUCUUCAUUGAUUUUCGCUAAAUAACAUUUUCUCCCGUUUUAAAUUAUAAUAAAAAUUAAAUUUUGAAGUCUUCCUUUCUAUAGUCUCAUUUGUAUUCUAUUGACCGUCCAUUAAAAUCUUAUUUAAAAUUUAUGAAAAGUCAACCCGUUACAUUCAAAAGCAAUGAUAAAUUAUUCUAAGUAUCUAUCUAUCUACCUAGAUUUAGAAUAAUAAAAAUUCAAUUAUCCGAUUAAAACAAUAAAAAGAUAAAUUUUUAAAGUUUAAAAUGCAAUUUGAAUGACACAAAGUUACUAUUGUUAUAUGGCUCUG